CUUCGCCGCGUUUGCAACAGUGGUGUGCGCCACAAUCAUCUUCUUGAUCCUGGUCAGCGCACUGAUCACGCUCUUCGCCAUGGGCUACGGUUCUUCCUAUGUGACUGAGACGACCGAGACCACGGAACUCGGGGUCAUUUUUCGAAGUGGUGACGUUGAUAUCCGGGUGUUGUCGACCACUACUCGGGCGACGCCGGUGGCAACCACCAAGAAAACGACCACGAUGACCACCACGCAGAAAACUGAGACGCCUACUGCGUCAACGGCCGCUCCCUCGGAAAUGAUGGACGACCAGCCCUUGGUGUGCACCAUCGGCAGGAGGCUCAACUCGACGCAGAUGUUCCCGCCGGACGGCCUGUGCGAGUACAUCUUCUUCGACUCGCUGUACAAGCUGGGCCGCAACUCGUUUGCUGAACCCAGUCUCUUCGAGCCCAACUUGCUCAUCUUCAUCGACACCGCGCCGCUGUACCAGAUCACGGCGUUUGGCAUCGGCAUCACCUUCGAUGCUGUGUAUCACCUGGAGUUCUUCCUGAAUCGGAGCGCUCCGGAUUUCAAGCCGCUGCAGCCGUUUUGGGCUAACUCAAUCUACCACUUCGGUGUCCUGGACACAGCCACCGUGAGCCCGACGGAAACGGACGUAAUAUCUGCCCUGGCAUGCCUCAAGCUCCUGCGUGACCGCUUUUCUCAGGAAAUCAUCGCCCAAGGCGUUAAGGUCUUCACAGUUUUCGCAGGAUAUGUCCCGGAUGGCGCCUGGGCAAACUUCUACAUCAGAAAUUUCACGAGCUUGUUUAUGCCGGACCUGUUCAUCGCUUUGGGCCACUACAUACGAGGAGACAACUCUUUGCCCAGCUGUCGCGUCGUGCCACCGACGCUGCUGCAGAGACCCCAGGGCGCCGAAGACAGCUACCAGCACGACAUGACGUUGGCGCUCGAGAGCAUCAACAGGCUGGCGGCACCCAGUUUGACCCUGAAGUAUGCGCUAUCAGUGACCAUGAAGGGCCGUUGGGCGGUGUCCACGGUCCCAAAUCAGUACGCUUUCUUCACGCCAUGCAUGACCAACAACACCAUAGAUUCGUUCGCCAGCUACGCACAGGUGUGCAAGGAUCCAAGCUUCAUGUCAACACCGGGUUACGAUCCUAUGGUGGACGCGACUCAAUUUCGCCACGUCAUGGAACCUCUAAUAUUCUCUUACGACGAUCGAGCAGGACUGUGCAAGAAGAAAUACUGA